UUAUUCAAUGCGGCUCGCAAAGCGCUAAUGCGUAUCCCGACAAGAUGUCUGAAAGUUGGUGAUCCAGAGUUGGAUAUCGAUUGUGCCGUAUGUAUUGAUCCUUACCAAAUAGGCGACGUUGUGCGGACAUUGCCAUGCAGGGCAACAGCAAUCAAUGUUUUGCAUUUUUACUGCGCAAACGUCUAUCAUGAUAUGGAAGAUUGCUUAUUGGGAACUCUACGUAAUGAGCUGCUUCUUAACGAAAAUAUCUCAUAA